CACUGCAUGUUUAUACUAGUAAUAACGUCGUAUUACAAGCAGACUUGAAGGGUAGCGCACAUAAAUACCAUCAAAUUCGGUGGCGACAAAUAGCAAAUUUUAUUUGGAUGGAGCUACGUGUUUUAAUCGGGCACGUUGAAGAUGCUGUCCCGCACAAUAUGGCUAAGAAUUUUGAAACGGUAUAAAGGAGUUCAAGGCAUGGAGUCCACUAGUUCAUUGCCUUCCAACGUGAAACGUUGCUUCUUCAUUGGACUUGGAAUAGGCACAGGAGUUGCAGUCGGUGCUUAUGUUGUGAAGAAGAUAUCCGAGCAAAAUAGCAAUCGUGAAGUGGUGUUAGCUUUGAAUCAAGUUACAAAUGAAAUCAAGGAACUGCGGGUCUCGAUGGUGCAGCAUUUUGAACGGACUGCAUCGGCUUUUUCAAACGAGCAGGCUUUAACAAGCAAGAGAAAAUAUAACAGAGUUAAUGUUAGCCGAACAGUGAUAGGAGAGCCGGGGGCAAUGCAAGUGGAGAGUAGCUCUGAGGAUGAUUUUUUUGAUUUGUUUGAUGAGGAUAUUGAAUCUGAACAACUUGGAAGUGAAAGCUUGCAAGAUAGAAGCAUAUUGAAUUUAGAUGAAUUGAUAAAAAAAUGUGAUGAGCUAUCAGAGAACGACAAUGCCACAGACAAUGCGAAAGAAAUGUCAAUCCUAGAAGAUCUCUUGACAAGAAAUGCGGACAAUGUUGAGGUAUUACUCAGAUGUGCACGGGCUUAUGCAUCAAAAGCAAACUUUGUUGAGAAUGCAGAGGAAAGAAAAGAGGUGGUUUUUAAAGGCUUAGAAUAUGGUGCAAAGUCGGUAGAGAUCUUGGAAGACCAUCCAAAAGCUCAAAAGUGGUACGCUGUCCUGUUAGGCAUGGCUGCUGGUCUUGCCACACUUACAGAACAGGUACCCCUUGCUACAAAAUUCAAGAGACAUACUGAAAGAGCCAUUGAACUAAACCCAGAAGAUUCCACAAAUUAUUUCUUAUUAGGAAGGUUUUGUUUUGAGUUAGCUAAUCUAUCAUGGUGGCAACGUCAAGCAGUUAAUGCAUUGUACACAGAUGCCCCAACAACUUCGUACGAGGAAGCCUUGUCACAUUUUCAGCAAGCAGAGAAACUUGGUUAUUAUGGACUGAAAAGUAACUGGCUUUUUAUAGGAAAGUGUUACAAAGCUCUAGGAGAUUUGGAAAAGGCAAAACAGUGGCUAAAAAAAUCCUUGGAGAUGCCAGUUAAAGAUUACGAUGACCGUGCAUCUCACGAGGAAGCGACAACAAUCAUGCAAACUUUGUAAAUUUUGGACGGACAAACGUCAUUCCUUUCAAAGGAGCUUUCCUGCACGCGCUAAAUAUGUUUUUAUCAGGGCAGAAUUUUUGGCGGCCGGGGGUAGUGGUGGCUGAUUUUUAGACCCAGUAGCUUUGCUCUUAGGAAAAGUUUAGCUGCAAGUAGCCGAGGCAGAGUAGAUGUCGUCCAGAUGUUUGUAUACAUAUCAUAUGAAUAUUAAGUCAACAUUUUUGGAACGAUGUUCAUAAGAAUUAGAAUCAUUGACAGGCUUUUAAAUGUUUUGUAUCAAUGCACGUCACAUCUCUCAAUCCUAGAUUCGUGGUCUGUAAAUAGGAAUCGUUUUAAUAUCCAAGUUUGAAUAAUAAUUAUAUCAACUAUCUUAAACACAUGUAUGAAACAUAAGGCAUGAUACCCGCUAAUGGCUUGUUCGCAUCAAUAAUGUAUGCUAGGCUAAUUUUUAUACAACAAUGAUUGACAGUGUUAAAUAUUUGAUUAUGAAUAUGCAGGCAUGUACAUCCGUUUAUUACAGGUAAUUUUAUUUUAUUCAGAAAAGGUCCCAUUCGCAGUUAAUAAUGCUUAGAUAUACUCUUUGUAAUUGUUCAUUUACAUUACGUUUUGAACCGUCAACCUUUGUCUUUUGACAUUCGAAAUUUCACGUGAUUGUUCCACUCCAAUUUUUCCGUCUUUUAAGUGUCUGUUAAAUUCUGUCCAGAAACACGCUUAUUUUCGUGUUUUCUCGAUUUUCUUCGCGAUUUUUCUUGUGUAAAAUAAAAGAGAGCUGGAUUUUUUGAAUUGUUCACAUCAGUGCAGGGAUGAUCGUAUAUUUGCCUCAUAAUUUUACGUUUUCUUUGUUCGAGCUCCCACAACGACCUUCCAACACGCAUCUUCUCGCGUUUCAUCUUCUCAAAGUACACGGCUUUCAUAGCAUCGAGAUGCUUCGUAAACGAUAACAGUUGUUUUGUUUCAAAGUAGUUCUUCAUCACCGCAUUUCGUUUAUUCUCCCGCGUCUUGUGUGAUUCAAGUGUCGCGUCAAUCGGCCUAA